AGAGUUCCCGCGAGAGCGAGUCUGAUCAGUGUGUUUGAAAAGAUUUCGUCGUGCCAGUCUCGUUGCGGAUUGUAAUCGCGGAACAAUUCAAAUUGUCACCGCAGUACACUUUGUACGGAAUAUGCUACCCGUUAAGCCAGGCAGUCCCCAGCCGGAUGGCUCUUCGAUGGAUAAGAAACCGAUUGUGGGCAUUCCCCGCGUCGCCCCCACCACCAAAUUCAACGCGCCAGUACAUAUCGAUGUUGGAGGAACCAUCUACACUUCGUCACUGGAAACUCUUACCGCAUAUCCAGAAUCGCGCCUAGGCAAGAUGUUCAACGGAACAAUUCCCAUAGUCCUAGAUACUUUGAAGCAGCACUACUUCAUUGAUCGCGAUGGAGACAUGUUCCGGCACAUUUUGAACUUCCUUCGCAAUAAAAAACUGCUGCUACCCGCCGAUUUCCCUCAUAUGGAACUUCUAUUGCAUGAAGCUGUCUACUUUGAACUGGAUCAUAUGGUGUUUGCAAUAACCAAAUUGAAAAAUGAGCGCGAAGGCACCAAGCAGGACCGCGAGUGGCUGAACCAGGCCACCGAACGGCUGAAGCAAGAGACCGAACUGCUUAUGCAGGAGAGAGAUCGGCUGCAGCAACGGUGGUCGUGAAUAGAGGCGAGUGGGUGUGACCCUCCAAGUGUGAAAAGACGUCGUUUGUAAACAUCGAGUUUGUAGACGUCGGGAGACGAAGUGAAAUCGUGAUAAUUGCUCACAAGGAACGGUUUGACGUAUGGUUUUGGAAAGACUACAAUUUUUAUAGCAUAUUUAAUGGCAAUGGAAAAUUUAAAAACGUAUAUCUGUGACCAAAAGUUAAAAAAUAAAUACUAAAAACAAUAAUCUUAUUGAUAGAAAGAGGAUAAACAGAUCAAGAGUAAC